GGCAGGUCUGGCACUCCAAGGCUGCACUAACUUUCUGCUGCAUUCAUUUUUUUUCUUUAUUUUUUUUUUCUGCUUUACAUUUUUUGGAGUUUGCAAGGAUGGUAAUGCUGGUCACCUAAAAACUGGAAGAAUAGCUCCCAGCACUAGUUCACAGCUCCCUGCUGCCUGUGCUAGAGUGGCAUACACUGCUCUGAGCAGGAAAGGUAGAGAGGUUCUAGUAGGUAAAGGAUCAGCACAGCAGCAGCAGGCUGACAAAGAGCUCUUUGUACAAGAGGUGGAGGACAAGUAGCAGGCGAGUCAGGGGCUGCCAAGCAGCCCCUCUUUCUACAUACUCUUGCUCCCCUUAGCCCACCUACGAUCGUCCAGCUGUUGGAGGGCUUGGAUGCUUUGAGGGAAUACAGAUCGGAGCAGAAUCCACUGUCAGGAGCCAUCUUAAAGGAUGUCUAGGAUCAGGAGACUUGCUAGGGUGGUUGGAACUGUCCUACUGGGACUUCUGGCGGUUUCUACACUGCUGGGUCCCAAGACUUCAGGGGAAAUGGAUUUACCAGAUUCCAACAACCCUUUGGGGCAAGUGGACGGCCAUGAUAGGCUCGCUCCAACACCCAGAGGUUACUUCCUGACAUUUCUGGAACCUGUUAACAACAUCACAAUCGUUCAGGGACAGAUAGCCACUCUCCACUGUAAGGUCGAUGGAAAUCCACUCCCCAACAUCAGAUGGCUCAAAAAUGAUGCUCCAGUGGUUCAGGAGCCAAAGAGAAUCUCAAUCAGAAAAACAGAAUAUGGUUCCCGGUUAAGGAUACAAGACCUUGAUACAACAGACACAGGAUAUUAUCAGUGUGUCGCGACCAAUGGAAUAAAGACUAUUACUGCUACUGGAGUACUUUUUGUUAAACUUGGACCAACGCACAGUCCAAAUCCCAACAUCCAGGAUGACUACCAGGAAGACGGGUUCUGUCAGCCUUACCGGGGAAUUGCAUGUGCAAGAUUCAUUGGAAACAGGAGCAUUUAUGUAGAUUCCCUCCAGAUGCAAGGGGAAAUUGAAAACCGAAUUACAGCUGCAUUCACCAUGAUUGGCACAUCUACCCAUCUCUCUGAUCAAUGCUCACAGUUUGCCAUUCCUUUAUUCUGCCACUUUGUAUUUCCUCUGUGUGAGGAACGCAGUCGUACUCCAAAGCCAAGGGAACUGUGCAGAGAUGAGUGCGAAGUGCUGGAAAAUGAGCUCUGCAGAGAGGAAUUUAACAUCGCCCGCUCUAACCCAAGGAUACUCAUGCAACUUCGUCUCCCAAUCUGUGAAGAGCUCCCUUUGCCUGAGAGCCCAGACGCUGCUAACUGCAUGAGGAUUGGGAUCCCUAUGGAGAGAAUGACCAGAUAUCAACAAUGUUAUAAUGGAAGUGGACUUGAUUACAGAGGCUCUGUUAGUGUCACCAAGUCUGGUCACCAAUGUCAAACUUGGAGUAGUCAGUUUCCACACAGUCACCAGUUGUCCAGCACAGAAUACUCAGAAAUUGGAGGUGGACAUGCUUACUGUCGAAAUCCAGGUGGAAAAAUGGAGGGUCCCUGGUGUUUUACUAUGAACAAGAAUGUCCUUAUGGAGCUCUGUGAUGUGCCUGCAUGCCGUACACGAGAGAAUGCAAAAAUGGAGAUUCUUUAUAUAUUGGUGCCCAGUAUUGCCAUCCCUUUGGUCAUCGCCUGCUUAUUCUUCUUAGUUUGUAUGUGCCGAAAUAAGCAAAAGGCAUCAGCCGCCACACCACAGCGCCGGCAGCUUAUGGCAUCACCCAGUCAAGAUAUGGAAAUGCCUCUCAUGAACCAGCACAAACAACAGCCCAAAGUAAAAGAGAUCAAUCUUUCUGCUGUGAGGUUUAUGGAAGAGCUUGGAGAAGAUCGUUUUGGAAAAGUUUAUAAGGGACAUCUCUAUGGCACUGCUCCGGGGGAACAGACACAAACUGUUGCCAUAAAGACAUUGAAAGAUAAAGUAGAAGUGGCACUUAGGGAAGAAUUUAAACAUGAAGCCAUGAUGAGGUCCAGAAUUCAACAUCCAAAUAUUGUUUGCCUUCUUGGAACAGUUACCAAGGAGCAACCUAUGAGCAUGAUCUUUAACUAUUCCCCACUAAGUGAUCUCCACGAGUUUCUUGUGAUGCGCUCCCCACAUUCUGAUGUUGGUAGCACAGAUGAUGACAAGACUGUAAAGUCCACCUUGGAACCAGCUGAUUUCCUUCAUAUUGUGACUCAGAUAGCUGCUGGGAUGGAGUUCCUUUCCAGUCACCACGUGGUCCACAAAGAUUUGGCCACUAGAAAUAUUUUAGUGUUUGAUAAACUUGGUAUUAAAAUUUCGGAUCUUGGUCUGUUUCGGGAUGUUUAUUCUGCAGACUACUACAAACUAGCUGGGAAUUCAAUGCUGCCUAUACGAUGGAUGUCCCCAGAAGCAAUUAUGUAUGGCAAGACCACCAUUGAUUCUGACAUAUGGUCUUAUGGAGUAGUGCUUUGGGAAAUUUUCAGCUACGGUUUGCAGCCAUAUUGUGGGUAUUCCAACCAAGAUGUAAUUGAAAUGAUAAGAAACCGACAGCUUCUGCUGUGCCCAGAUGACUGCCCUGCAUGGAUCUAUUCUGUAAUGCUAGAGUGCUGGAAUGAAUUUCCAGCCAGAAGACCUAGAUUUAAAGAUAUCCACACAAGGCUACGGACAUGGGAGAAUAUGUCCAACUACAACAGCUCUGCACAAACCUCAGGGGCAAGCAAUACCACACAGACAAGUUCAUUAAGUACCAGCCCGGUAAGCAACAUCAGCAAUGCCAGGUACGUUGGACCAAAACAGAAGCCACAACAAUUUCCACAAUCUCAGUAUCUACCAAUGAAGGGACAAAUUAGACCCAUGGUACCACCCCCACAGCUUUACAUUCCAGUCAAUGGGUAUCAACAGAUGGCUGCUUAUUUUUACCCAGUACAGAUACCGAUGCAAAUGGCUCCACAGCAAAUGCCACCACAGAUGAUUCCAAAACCUGGAUCCCAUCACAGUGGAAGUGGCUCCACCAGCACGGGAUAUGUCACAACAGCACCCUCAAAUAAUUCUAUGGCUGACCGAGUUGCCCUGCUUGCAGAUGGCACUGAUGAGGUGCACAUGACGUCAGAAGAUGUCUCACAAAAUGCUGUCCAAGAAGAAGAAAGUUCUGUACCAGAGACAGAACUUCUUGGUGAUAAUGAUACAUCACCAUUAGAUGAAACAGAUAUGCAGUCAGAAGCUUAAAAUUAGUUUUGUUUUUUUCCUGAAGAUGGAUAACUUCUAAAGGACGUGAGUCAGGGCAAACAAACUUUAGCCUGCAUUUGGACAAGUGAAUCACGUGGUGCCUCUAUUUCAAGUUGGAUUAACAUUUUGAGCCAUAAACAGUAAAUUAGUUUAAUCUGGUGUUGAUAGCACAAAUCUUUCCACAUUUCCGUUCAUUCACAAGUUUUGGGAAGCUAUGCUACUUUAAAAUUGAAUGUACUGUUGCUGUGCAACGUUCGGCUGAGUAGCAGUACACAUGAUGUGUAACGGAAACCGUGAUUGUAAAUUUAGUGGAACUUGCCCAUAUCACUGUUUAGUUGAAAAAUGUAUUAAACUCAAAACUAUAGCUCUGGAAAUGUUUUUAAUAUCGGUGGUAUGGAUGUCAAAAGUGAACUUUUUGACCUCAGACAUUACCCACAGUUUUUCAUGAAGAAAAUAAGCCUGUACCGUGGGAUACAGAAUCUAGAAUUCAAGAAACUGAGAAAAAAAUAUUGUGUGCUUUUUUUAUUGUUUCUUUUUAUUCUUUUGAUGCAAAUAAUGUGUGUAAGGAGAAACAUUUGUUUGAAGCCAAGACAAAAAAAAUCCAUGCAUGCACUAACAAUACAGAAAAAUCAAAUUGUUCCAGUGAUAUGCAUCUUUUGCUAAAAACAUUAAAGGUCUUCUCUCUUCCAGGAUUGUACAACUAGACUUGAAAACAAUCAUAAAAAUAUCUCGUUGCUGGAACAGAUUGUAAGAUAUUCUUAUGCUCUUUAAUUUGGGCAUCUUGUAAUCAAAUGUGCUGUAGCACUAAAAGUCUUUUUUUUUUUCUCUUCAUUUUUCAUUCCCUUUGUAGGCCAAAACAAAUGUUCUGAACAGAAAUUCUGAACAGUAUUGUAAAGGAUACUGAUUUACUUGUAUCACAAUGAAUUUUGUACAGACUUUUAAAUAUAAUUUAUGUUUUGUUACCUUUUAUAUGCCUUUUUAAUGAAAUAACGUUGAUCAAUAAAAACAAUGCCUUUUGUAAUUUAACCCUGUGAGUUCCACAAAGGGGCCCGACCUUGAAUUAACUGUUUACGUGAUCCACUUUUGAAUGCCAAUUGUUUCUGUAAUUCCUGUUUUUUUAAUGUUAAUUUUAUGUUAAUUGUGGGAACAGGUCAAUUCAUUUCAUUCUUUUCUGCGUUUGACUACAAAGCUACAUACUGUUGCAGUCCCAGUACACCUUAUUGUUUUAUUUGUUGUAACUCCAGAUACAGGAAGUAUCUAAUAAAGAUGAUAAAGAAGA